UUAUUAUUAUAAAAAAAAAUAUCCUCUGAUCCUAUUACUGCUACAGAGAUAAGAAAAAGAAAAAUAAAAAAACUUAACAAUUUUUCAAUUACUAAAAAUGAGUUUUGAUGACAAGUUAGUGCAAAUACGAUAUAUGCCUCCUCGAGUCCGCGGUCUAUAUUACCAAUUUAUUUAUGUAAUUUAUAAAUCAAUAUUACAAAGUACUCCGUAUAAUAAUAUUUCCGUGGGGGUUUUACCAUACUCUCCCUAGUUUAGUCACACACCUGUCAAAACUCAAAAGAGGGAAGACGGAGACUACGACAUCCCAAACAAAAACCCCUGCAAAACCCUCUUCUCUUUGUCUCCUUCCCCUCAAAACCUGCAGCUGCCAACUCUCUUCUUUACCUUGCCAAGCUCCAUAUCAAUGGCGACGCUACUACGAAGCGUCAGACGAUCUUCUCUGUUAACCCUAAUCAACAACUCCAAACGAUCUCCUUCUUCUUCGUCUAUUUCUACGCCAUUCGCUCGUUACUGUUCUUCUUCGUCAACCUUCUCUGAUCCCAUUCUCUCUCCUAAUUCUACGCCUCCUAAAUCUCGAUUUCUCUCUCUUCUUAAGUUCUCUGUUGCUGCCGCUCUUGUCGGAGCUUUUUCUACCGCCGGUUACGCUACUUAUGCAUAUACUGCUGAAGAAGUAGACGAGAAGACCAAGGCCUUUCGAUCUUCAAUUAAUCAUCCCAUGGUAGAUUAUUCUAUGAGUAUUGAAACUCUCCCGCAUCUGGUCUAUUCCGCUGUUAUGACAGUUCCUUCUAAAGCUGUUGAUCUUUACCUGGAUGUGAGGCGCUUAACUGAAGGACAUAUACAGGAGUUUGCUGAACCUAAUUAUGAUAAACUUCUCCCUAACUUGAUUAAAGAAGACGAGCAGUUUAGAGUUUUCACACUUGUUUUGGAUCUUAGUGAGACAUUAAUUCUUCAUGACUGGAAGCGUGAGACAGGUUGGUCUACUUUUAAGAGACCAGGACUGGAUGCUUUCUUGAAGCACAUGACUCAAAUUUAUGAGAUAGUUGUCUAUACCGAUAAAGUGCUGGAGGAUAACAUAUAUGCGAAGCUCAUGGAAAAAGGUGUGCAUCAUGUUCUGGGAAGGGCCGCCACAAAAUAUCAGGAUGGAAAGCAUUUCCGGGAUCUCUCCAAGCUAAAUAGGGAUCCUUCAAGGGUUAUCUAUGUGAGUGCACAUGCACUAGAGACUUGCCUUCAGCCUGAAAAUUGUGUUUCUAUCAAACCUUGGAAAAAAGAAGCUGAUGAUACGACAUUGAUUGAUCUUAUUCCAUUUCUUGAAUACGUCGGUGUUCAAAAACCUGCUGAUAUAAGACCAGUUUUGGCGUCAUACCAAGGGAAGGAUGUUGCAAGUGAAUUCAUUAAUCGUUCUAGAGAGUAUCAAAGGCAGAUUGGAAAGAAACAAAAUACCUUCCCUUGGGGCCGCCAUUCAUAGAAGCAACGGUGCUUCCCAUAGAAUGUUAUUAUUUACUAGAGGCUGGUUAAGCAAUACUUCUCUCAAAUUUGCUGCUUGGCAUUAAAAUAUGGAUGCACAUGUUUGACAGCUCGAGGAUUUGCUGAGUAGUUUGUAAAUCUUGUUCUUACUGAACCUGAUAACAGUUUUCAAUCUAUAGAGUAUAAAUCUUUUGUUCAGAAUGAUCUUAACAUUACAGCUAAUUUACUUCCUGAAAUAAUAAGGAAAACAAAAUUGCAGGCUU